CUUCCAAAGAUAAGCCUUUUGUUUUGUCUAUUAUUAAGUCUAUUGUCAAAAAUUGCAGUCGUCUGAUUGACGUGAUUAGUUUCUGCUGUAAUUUAAUUCCUAAGAAUUUUGAUCAUCUUCCGGAAUUUCUUGCAGAGGCUUUAGCUGAGAUCAAGCGUGCUAGCAGCCACGAUCCCAUUCCGGACAUAAUUAGAGAACUGCUUCACGGGGCCCCUCAGGAUGCGGCUGUGGACUCAUUGGGGUUUAAAAACACUUGGCUUUUUGUAACGCACAUGGUGGACCACGCAGCGGACUCCGUCUACCAUUCGCUCUCAACUCUGUUCCCAUUUUUGGAUAACUCACAAGUCCUGGUUCGGUCGCACCUCGUGGGUAUUUUUGGCCUUCUGCUUUCUAAAGACUUUUUCAAGGAAACCGAGAACGAAACUGUUCUUAAAACGCGCGAUGAAUUAUUUUCUCUUAUAUUGGAGCGCCUUAAUGAUGUUAAUGCACCAGUAAGAAAAAAAGUCAUCAGCACGCUUAAAUAUGUUAUUUCGCAGAAAUGCAUCCCGAAAAACUACAUGCACCAUGUGCUGGUAGCUGUGAGCGAGAAAGCCUUUGACGUGAAGAAAUCGGUGAGGGCUCAGGCCAUUAAUUGCAUCUCCUCGUUUAUCGAACACAACCCCUUCGGCGGAUCCCUCGUGCUUUCCCGCUUCGAGGAAGGUCUAGCCCGCGAGAAGAAGGCUCUCGAGUCUAUGGAAACCCACGUUGUAACAGGCACUCAGGGCUCAGCUUCCGUCGACCUGGAGCUUCAGGCUGUCCAGUUGAAGCUUCUGUAUUACGAGGACGGUGCACGCUUUAUCAACGAGAUCCACCGCAUUGCCCGCGAAAUCCACGUGUUACUCGAUUCCGGUUCGGACUCGGAUGUGGUGGAGGCGCUGGCCUUCUUUGUGUGCUGUCAUCAGUUCCAUAUUGAAGAAAUAGUUUCCUCGGUCCCUGCCAGACCGACGGACACUACGUGUCGUAUUCUUAGUCUGAUUUGGCGCAAAAACCUCCAAAAGCACGUGUGCGAUGCUUUUGAAGCUUUUUUUUUCCGGCCUUGCGAUCCUGCCAACCACGAGUCCUACAUUAGUCUCGUGGUCAAGAACCUUUUGCAUGUCAUGAGCACGUGCGACGACGUUGUUUUCUAUUCUGCUCAGAAGCUGCUUCGUUUGCUUUGCAAGAACGGUUGCAUCACCGAUCCUAUGGUCAAGGUCCUUUGGGACACUUUUGCCCUCCGCGUGCCCAAUACUAGCGAAGCACAAAGCCUCCAGGCAAUCCGCAUCCUCGCGUGUGUCUCCGGGUUAAUGGCAAACCACUUGAACAAGAACCUUCCGUAUAUUUUGGACAGCAUCUUUGGUGAUCGCGGGCGGAAAGCUCCCCUUCUCGUUCUCUACUCUGCUCUGGCUAUGAAGAGCCUCCAUAAAACGCAUCACGUGCUUAGCAACGAGGAUCCGUUCUUUUGCGCGUUAUUGGACUUCCUCGCCCACAUGCCCAACUCCGAGGAGGAAAUCCAGCUUACACAGUAUACAUGGUAUGGCGCUGCAGCUGCCGUUUUGGACCUUAUCUACCGAUUGGCCAAUGAUCCACCGGCUCUCUGCUCGAGUUUACUCGUCACUUUUUACAAAUCACUAGAAAAUUUGGUGGCCAAGGAGAGCCAGUCAAUAAAUGGCCUUAUGGAAAAGCACGAGUAUUUACUUGGCCGGGUGUUAUUUUUGGUUGGCCAUGUUGCCACGAAGCAGCUCGUGUACAUGGAAGAGAUUGGCGAGCGUUUAAAGAAAAAGCGGCAACGAGAAAAAGAGAGCAAAGCAACUUUCGACCUCGAGAAGGAGAUGGGAGUCGAGGAGGAAGUAAAUGAAUUCGACUCGGAACAACUCGACAGCGCUGUUGAAACUGAACUCGUCAUCGGAAACGGUCUUCUGGCCUCAUUUGUGCCUUUGGUGGUGACUCUCUGCCGUUUGCGCCAUUCAGAUCCGAUUCUUGGGCCGCCCAGUCUCCUGGCACUAUGCAAGUUUAUGGCCAUCAGUGUCCACUUAUGCGAGAAACACCUGCAACUACUUUUUACGGUCCUCCGGGAGUCCAGUCUUCCCUCCGUGCGCUCGACGAUUGGGCUCGGCUUGUGCGACCUUAUUGUGCGGUUUCCAAAUGUCCUUGAGCCUUGGACUUCGGACGUCUAUCUCGUUCUCUCCACUGAGGCGGAUGGCGGCGUUCGCUGCGACCUUUUCCGGAUUCUUGCUCAUCUGAUACUGAACGACAUGAUUAAAGUGAAAGGACACAUAACUACUCUGGUUAAAUGCCUGAUUGACAGCAACCAACGAAUACGCAAGCAGGCCAAACAUUUUUUUCACGAGCUUUCCUUGAAGGACAAGGAAAUCUUCAAUCAUCUUCCGGACAUCGUUAGCCAUUUGUCCCAUGAGAACUGCGGGAUGGCUCAGUUUGAAAAAAUAAUGACGGAGCUAUUGGCGUAUGUUUUCAAGGAGCGCGAGAAAGAAGCGCUGGUGGAAAAACUGUGCCAGCGCCUUCGGACCGCCCAAAACGUGAUUCAGGCUCGCCAUUUGACCUUUUGUCUAUCGCGAAUCUCCAUCUCAGAAAAGAGUUGUCAAAGGAUUUUAGAGUCUUAUGACUGCUUUGCCCCGCAUGUAUAUGAUGUCGACGUCUACGAUUACUUUGGCCUCCUGAUAGGCAAAGUUAGGCGGACCGUUAAACCCCAGCUGAAAGAGGAACUCCAACAGCUCAAGGAAAAAAUUGAUAAGGAGCACUUCAAAAGAAGUCGGGACCAAGAACUGGAGGCGCUAUGCCCACGAAAGGCUACGUGGAAACAGACUGUACUGCAGAGCGAAGUCGGAGGAGAAAAUCUAUAUUGCAGCAGUUCCGAAGACGACGGCGGUGCAGAGGUGGCAGGCCUCCACUCCACAGGAGAGGCCUCACAGCUCUCCAAGGAAGACACCUGCAGACAGCCACUCAGCAGCCAUCUCUCCAAAGUGCGGCCAAAGUUCCUCCAGUGAAGAACUAGAGGCUUUGUCAGACGAAAACGGUGAAAAUAUGGAUCCUCAGAAGCCGCCUCGCCGUUUACUUAGAAGAAAAAUCAUUGAUAGUUUUUGCUUUUGAAGUGGUUGUUCGAGAUUAAAAAUAAUUCU